GUAACAACACUUGUUAACACAAGCAAUAAAGGACCUUCGGGCAAAAAGAAAGGGCGCUCGAAGAAGGCUCACGUGUUGGCCGCUUCGGUAGAGCAGGCCACGCAGAAUUUUUUGGAAAAAGGAGAUCAAAUCGCUAAAGAGAGCCAGGAUCUCAAGGAGGAAUUGGUUGCUGCUGUGGAGGAUGUACGCAAACAGGGAGAAACAAUGCGAAUUGCCUCUUCGGAGUUUGCUGACGACCCGUGCUCCUCAGUGAAACGGGGCACCAUGGUGCGGGCUGCUCGGGCCUUGCUUUCUGCCGUUACCCGCUUACUGAUCCUGGCUGACAUGGCGGAUGUCAUGAGGCUUCUGUCACACCUGAAAAUCGUGGAGGAAGCACUAGAAGCAGUGAAAAAUGCCACAAAUGAGCAAGAUUUAGCGAAUCGCUUCAAAGAAUUUGGGAAAGAGAUGGUCAAACUGAACUACGUAGCUGCUAGACGGCAACAGGAACUGAAAGACCCUCACUGCAGGGAUGAGAUGGCCGCAGCUCGAGGUGCACUGAAGAAGAACGCCACGAUGUUGUACACCGCGUCCCAAGCGUUCCUCCGUCACCCCGACGUGGCAGCCACCAGGGCCAACCGAGACUACGUCUUCAAGCAGGUCCAAGAAGCGAUCGCUGGGAUCUCCAACGCUGCCCAGGCCACCUCGCCCACUGAUGAGAACAAGGGCCACACUGGCAUAGGAGAGCUUGCUGCCGCAUUAAAUGAAUUUGAU